AUGACGCCGCAAUCAAAAUCCGACCUGCACAUCGCCCAGCCCCUGACGCUGAAAUGCGGCCUCACACUCCCCAACCGGCUGGUCAAGGCCUCCAUGACCGAAGGCCUGGCUGACAGGAAAAGGCACCCUACCCCGGCCUUGCUGAAUCUGUACAAGCACUGGGCCGACGGCGGCUGGGGCUUGGUCAUCACUGGUUCCCUUGAAGUAGACGCCAACAACGUCGCCCUAGCAGGGGAGCCAGCCGUAUCCACCUCCACCCCCGAUUCCACGCUCAUUCCGGCGUUUGCCGCUCUAGCGCGCGCCUGCCGAGCGCUCAAAGCUCGCAGCAGCCCCUCCGACGACGAUACGGGCACCGGUAAGCGCACCCCGACCAUUGUGCAGAUCAACCACGCGGGCCGGCAAUCCCCGCGGGGUGCCAGCCUGCGGGGGCUGUUCACGCCGCCCAUGGCGCCCUCGGCCAUCCCGCUGGUGGUCGGACAGGGGUGGUUGGCCCACCUGCUGCAGCUGCUGGCCUUCCCCACGCCGAGGGAGAUGACGGCGGAAGACAUUGUGACUGUCAAGGGCCAGUUCGCCCGGGCCGCGCGCAUCGUGGCCGAGGCUGGGUUUGAUGGUAUCGAGCUGCACGGUGCGCAUGGGUACUUGAUCUCGCAGUUUUUGAGCGCGUCGUCGAAUCGGCGGACGGAUGACUAUGGGGGAAGUCCCGCUCGCAGAGCACGGUUUGUUGUCGAGGUUAUCAAGGCUGUCAGGGAGGCGACUAAGAGUUAUGAGGGUUUCUGUGUGGGUAUCAAGCUGAAUAGUGUCGAUCAUCAGAAGGAGGACGUGGGUGAGUUUCUGGAGCAGGUGAGAAUGGUCAUUGAGGCUGGAGUGGAUUUCAUCGAGGUCAGCGGGGGGAGUUAUGAGGAUCCGCAGGUAAGCAUUGUUUUCGGGCCGGCGGCACCGGAGCAGAAAUCGGACCGGACAAAAGCCAGGGAGGCCUUUUUCCUCGAGUUUGCGCAGGUUAUCCGGAAAGAGUUCCCGGACGUCCCACUCAUGGUCACCGGCGGGUUCAGUACUCGAGUUGGCAUGGAGAAAGCCGUCGCCGAUGGCGGCUGUGAUUUGGUCGGCCUAGCCCGGCCGGCUGUACUCAAUCCUUCGCUCCCCAACAACAUCGUCUUCAACUCGGAACUGAAGGACCAGAACGCCACGCUGUACAGAAAGAAUCACGGCACGCAUUCACUCUUGGCCAUGCUCGGGAUUCAAAUCGUCGGCGCAGGCAUGGAAUCGGUAUGUUGCCGCCCCGAAAUGCAUUGCUAG